GCGAAUCAUCGGGGUCUAGUCGACGCGCACCACACCCGCUGAUCACCAGCUCCCGCUAUUAACAUGAUGGACGUGCGCACGAGUAACUGUCACGCUGUGGCAGCUAAAACCCGUCUCUUAUGAUAGACUUUGUUUUUUAGUAUGUUGCGAAAUUCCGUAGACGUACUUAGCUACAUGUAGCUACAUUUGUUUAGCUAUUUACAUUCAGGCUGCUGACGCGCCACCCAAAGGGUCCUUCCCCGCGCGCAGCAACAAGUUCUUAACGUUAAGUACGUCAACGCGACCACGACUCCGACGCGCGUGAACAUUCAAGUUGAAACCGCUCUGUAUUAAUGCGACACGUGAGGUCGCUUUAGGUUAUUAGUUGACGCUGUUACAACUUUUAGGAGAAUGAUUCCACCUGUUUGACGGGUUUUGACAGCACGUGCAGAAAUGAGCUCCGAGGUGUGUCCCUUCUGCGGCAAAAUUUACAAAAGGUUGAAGAGUCACCUGCCGCACUGCAAGGCGGCAGCGAGCCCCAACACACCUCCGACCAAACAUGUCGCGGCGAGCGAGACGGCGUCGUCGUCUUCACAGCUGGUCGCACCCUUCAGCGGACCAACGGCAGAGUCCACUAAGACCUUGUCGGUAACGUUAAUUCCACAAUCAAAGAAGGGUAAGAAGAUGUCUACGGCGUCGUUGUCCCCGGAUUCUUCGUCACUUCCGCCUCCGACUAAGAAGACGAAACAAAAGCCGUCCCAACAAAUCAAGAGAGCCGUCGCUCCUUCCUCGAUCACCGAUUCCCUCGUCUCCAUUGCGUCGCCGCCUCCCCCCGUCCCCAAAAAGCAGAGCCUCCGUGCUUUGAUAGAAGCUGCAAAGGCCAAACAUGCAACUGAGGGAACCGGAUCGGCCUCAGAAGACCGGCCUCCAGGUUCGGGUCCAUCGGUGGCGGAUCCUCUAAGCUCCGGGGCCACAAAAGAAGCUGACGCCCCUCCUGCCGUUCUGUCCGCGGCCGACGAACCCACGGCUGCCUCUGAAAAGAAGGUGGCAAAGACGAAGAAGGCCGCGGAAUACCUUUCCGCAACAAGAGGUGCCUCCAACCCGCCGGACUCUAGAGUCCAUGAAAGAGACGACUUUUGGGUGGAGGACGAGAACGGAGAAGUUGAGGAAUUAUCUGUGAAUAAGAGGUUCUUGAAAUCAGGAAGCGGCCACAAGGCCAGGAUUACCCUGCAGGAUGUUAAAGCCACGCUAGGCCGAGCCAACGGUCCCCGUCAGCCCGGCCGGCCGAGCAUCUUGAGCCAGGUUGAAACCACCGACAAUGCAAAUGCAAAAUGCAAAAUAGCUCCGGUUCCACUCCCCCCCCCUGCGGCGCCGCUCCUUACUGGCCAGCUGUCCUCUCUGCCGCGCACCGUCAGCGUGAACGGGGUGCCGAAGGUGACGGGAGUCCUCGCGCUAUCGCCGACACACACAGAGUUCACCAACCCUCUGCUGGCAGCGCGGGGGGGGACGUUGAGGGCGGGGACAUCAAGAGGCGGCGAUGGGUUGAAGUUGCGGCCCGGUGUCAGGGAACAAAACGCAGCUGACAGGGGGACUAAAGGUGGUCUCGCACAGCGGAGUCUUGCACAGGUGAAACUGAGGGAGUUGCCCGAGUGGCUUACAUGCAGGACCCCCAGCCACCCGAGAGAGGUGGUGGAAAUGGUGCAAGGAGGCUGGCAGUGGUAUUACAAGAAGUACAUUGACGUGAAGAAAGGUGGUGCAGGUGGACUGGGCAUGUUGUUGGCGGGAUACUGUGCACUGAGCUACAUCUGGAGUUACCCUCAUAUGAAGCGUGAUCGCUGGAGGAAGUACCACUAAUGUCAAGGCGGGGGGGGUGCCUGUGUGUGAGGAAAGGCUAAAUCUAUAUCCCAACAUUUCCACAGACUUCAUGCUUGAUGAGGUUGCUACUUCUCCAACAGGGAACCACAUCAGCCCACAUUUCUUUUGACUUUUGUGAGCAACAGGUUGGCUUAGCUUAGCACAAAGGCCGGACACAGCUAGCCUUGCUCUGUUAAAUGGCAACACCUGUUAUUUGUGUAUUACUUACAAAAACUAGCCUUUCCGACCAGCUGUUUCCAUCUAUAUGCUAAGCUAACGGUAACUUUAUAUUAUAGAAAGUAUGGUAUGAUUGUUAUUUAACUCUUCACCGGAAAGUGAACAAGCAGUAUUUAAAGAAACGUUGAACUGUUCCUUUAACGAGUGGAAGCGUUGUGAUUCUCUGACAUUAGCAGUUUCCCUCUCAACUGAUUUGCACUCGCAUGGCACAUCGGAGAUGAAAGCCAACCGCUGCGUCAAUACUUAAAAAAAUGUAUUCACUUGUCAUAUGUUA